GCAUAGAUAUCUCAUAUCAUCUAGUUAUAAGUUGGCUCCCAGUGAAUAUUUAUUUUCCAUGUCUCAUAAGCAUAGAACCUUCACCCGUUCCCACCCGAUGAGCCCUCCGACACUUCCCUUCCGUACUCCAUCCAUACCGGCAAACCCACCUCGUGAAUCAUGCACUGUCUAUAUUUAUUCAUCAUUGUGUAGCAACGAUCAAACAGAUCACCACUGUAGCUCUGCCAAUCGAUCUUGAAUCUUGAAGAAAAUCCCUUUUGGAAGAUAGAAGACCACAACAAUGUCUCCUCAGGCCGCCUACACCCCCCAAGAAACCCCGGCAGUCAUUAGAGCCCGGAAACACCUCUCCGGGACACGCGCCAAGCAGCUCCUCCGCGCGGCGGAACGCGACUACAACGACCCUCCGCCCCCGCCGGGACUGGGCGAGUGCUGUGGAAGUUCGUGUGAUCCGUGCGUGCAGGAUCUCUGGCGGGAGGAGCUGGCGGUCUGGCGGGAGAGGUGGGGAGAGGCUGCUCAGGAGGACGGAGAAGGGUCUCAAGACAAGAGAGAUCAAGCAGCAGGCGAAGAAGCGACAGGGAAGGGAAAGAUGCCCGGGAGUUGGGAGUGGUAACUGGGUUUUGAAUUAUGGGAUUCGCCAGUUGGAUUUACUAGGAAGGCUCUGAUUCAUUGUGUCGUUUGUAUG